AUGGCAGAUAAUCAGCAUGAGGGAAGCAGGUACGUCGCUGCGACAAUUGCACGUAAUGUUGGUCGUCACCCUUCCAGUAUAAGUCGUUUUGAGAAUAAAAAUCAAGCAAGAAGUGAUGUUAAAGACCUUCCGUGGUCAAAAAGACCCCCUAUAACAUCUGAUCUAGCUGGUUCGUGCAAAGGCCAUGCCUGUACCGUCAGUGAAAUAUGUAUUCCACAAAGUCAGACUUACACAUGCGUUCUACUGUUAGAAGUCUUUGUUCAAUGGAGAACACGAAAAGCAUCUCUUGUGUCUCAAAACAAAGGAACUGGUCAAAGCACUCCAUUUGACUGUCACAACGUUGUCGUGUGCAAACCUGGAGCAGGGGUUGACGGAAUUAAAGAAUUUAACAACAUGUUUCAUACAAAUACGGAACGCGAACCUUUCUGGUGGGUCAAUCUCGGACAAGUGUACAAGAUACAGAAAGUGGUCAGCACAAAUCGGAUACAUUGUUGUGGUGAUCGGCUCACAAAAAUGCUCAUUCAUGUGGGCACCAGCUUAGAUACUUCUCAAAUGGAGCUAUGUGGUCAGUUCAUUGGUCCAGCCGUUACUGGACAGGUCAUAGUUAUACUAUGCAACACACUACCAGAAGGACAAGUAGUAAAGUUAACGAGUGUAAAUACCGCAUCAGAGGUCUUUCAUCUUGCUGAAGUUGAAGUGUAUGCUGUUUAGUGCCAUUGUUGACAUAAAAUGGAUUUUGUUUGAAUUACACUUAAUAAGAACUGUAAAAUAAAUAAACAGACAUCAUUUUGUACAU